CACGCGCGCGCACAUCCCCCCUCGCGCACAUCCCCCCUCGCCCAUACCCCUCCUCGCCCACCCCCCCUCGCCCACCCCUCCUCGGGGACCCGCUCUUCCAUCGCCCCGCCAACUGCCCGUGUCUCGUGUGCAAGCCCGGCUGCCGGGAUGAGACGAUCGACGGCCGGCGCGCGACUUCGGGCCCGCCCGGGCCCCCUGCUGCCCUGGCUGCUGGCGGCGCUGCUGGCGGCGCUUGUGCAUCUGGCGGCCCCGGCCCCCGGGCCGGACUUCUUCCUGCACAUGUGCCCGCGCCAGAGCCUCCCGUCGGGCAAUGUGCUCGGGGUGUUUGCCGAGCCCACCGGCACCUCGAUGGUGGCGACGCUGUCGGACCAGGCCGCGGUGCACAUCUUUCCCCAGCUCCAGCAGGCCAAUGCGCCGGCCGGCCAGUCGGGCCUGGACGGGUGGACCGACGCCCUACGCUUCGGGGCCGUCUUCUCCACCGCACACGAAGCAAGCCUGGCCUGCGCCCGGCCGACGGAGCUGGACACCGGCUCCCAGAUGAUGAUCCUGCCAGUGCAUGGCCAGCAGGCGCCGCUGAUUGUCGAGCACACCCCAUUGCAGGUGGCCCUGAUGGACGACAAUCGGGUGCUCACCCUCCCCGCCCCGGCCACCGAGCUGCUGGCCGGGCUGGCCAUCGACCGGGACACGGCGCUGCUGCUGGGGCUGGUAGGCGCCCGGGACGCGCCCACCCGGUCCAUCAGCCUCUUCCUGCUGCAGCGGGGCGCAUCUGCCCUCUUGCCGGUGUCGGUGGAUGUGGGCCCGGUCGGCAACCCGGUGCUGGUGGCCCCGAUGGCGGCCACGGCUCGCGGGUUCCAUGUGCACGCCGGCCACAACCUCCACCGGAUCGUGUACAAUAGCGGCAGCAGCCGGGCCGGCGUCACAACCCAAAGCCACCCGGGCAUUCGGCAGCUGGCGGCCACGCGCCUGCUGUCCGAUGGGCCGCCCGCCUCCGAUUGGCCCGACAGCGGGGACUUGGUGUUGGUCCUGUCAACCGGCCUGGUGGAGGUGAUGCCCUGCCGUGAGCUGCCGUGCCCCGAGUCGAGCCGGAUUCUGCUGGAUCUCCUUCCCGGCGGCUCCGGCUCCUCCGGGUGCUUCCUCAAUCCCGGCGUCGAAGCCAUGGGCCGGGCACUUUCGCUGCUGUACUAUCUGGAACUGCCGGAGCCGCCGCGGCCGCCGGUGCUCUGGCGCAUGGAUGCCCUGGCCAAGCCCAAGGUCUGGAAUCGCGCGGUGCUUCCGCCGGGCGUCCGCGACCUGGACCGCGCGCAGCUGGUGCUCCUUGACGCCGGGCCGGCCACCACCCGCUGGGGGCUGCUGGCCGGCGGCCGGAUCUACUUGGAGUCCGGCGACAUGGCAUGCCAUGUGGACAGCAGCAUCAGGUGCGACGGCUCGGCCGGGGCCACCGGAUCGCCAUUGGGCUGGUCCUGCGCCCCGGGCCGGGCCGAGUCGCCCUUCGCAAGGGACGGCAGCCUGUGUGAUGGCUGUGCGCAAGGCUGGUACCAGGACCGCGGUGACGAGGACGCCCCGUGCAAGGCCUGCAGCCCGGGAUGCCGGGUGUGCGAUGCCGGCAACUGCCUGGUAUGUGAGGACGACCGCCGGCUGGAGGGCUCCGGCGCCGGGGGGAGCACCAUCUGCGUGGCUCAAUGCUCGGAAGGCCAUGUGCUGCUGGCCGGCGUGUGUCAGCCGGCUGGGCAGGCGCGCCCGAGCAGCCGCCUGGCCCUGCCGGCCGUGCACCCGCUGCCGGACGUCCACCCGACCACCCCGAUCGGCGAGGUGGUGGCCAUCGGCGAGACGCACCUGGCCCUGCUGCCGAUCACCCGGGAGGUGGGCCUCCCGGCCGGGGUCCUGGCCAGCCCCCUGGGCCCGCGGGCGGGCGUCCUGCUGGCCAUGUCCACCGGCCAGAUGCUGCUGGAACCGGGGUCCAACAUCGGCCAGCCCGCCGAGGCCCAGACCCCCCCGACGCCGGUGCCGCACUUUGCCGACCACAAGGUGGAGCACGCCAUGUCCUUCGCCGAGGUGGGCCCGCUGCCGUGGCCCGACCGGCCGGCCGGCACCCUGGGGCUGGGCUACCUGAUGUGCGACACUUCCGGGGUCCUGUGGCAGCUGCCCUUCCGGUGUGAGGUGAGCUCCGACAGGGGCGAUGCCGGCUGCACGAGCCUCACACGGUCCAGCCAGCCGACCAGCAUGGGACCCUGCCGGGGCGUGCGGCUGGCCGGGGCCCGGCAGGUGGCCGCCAUCGACCAGCAGGGCUGGGUGACUCUGUUCACGCUGCUGCUGCCGGCCGGCUUCCAGGAAGUGGCCCCGGCCAGGCCCUUUGGCAUUGGCCUGCCCCCGGGCUCGCGGCCCCUCAUGGCGGUCCCCGUGCCGGAGUGGCUGCUUCUCGGCGGGACAGACGCCACGCCGGGGGGGACCGCCUCGCCGGGGUCCCUCUUCGCCGGGGACCGCCGCCUGACGGCCCUGGCCGAUCGGGCUCUGGCCGACCCGGGCGCCUGGAGCCAGGCGGUCCUUCUGCCCUCGGGCAGGCUCGCCAGCGCCCGGCGCGUGGACUUGGCCCUGUCGCUGGUCCGGCCAUCCGGCGAAUGGGAAGCCGCCCUGCUCCCGGGCGACAUGGUCCCCCAUGGCCGGACCAUUGACCUGGCCCUCACCCGCCAGGCGAUCGGCCAAGUCCCCGGGGCCCCCAUCGACCCGAGCGCCACCAUGGUCCUGGGCACGGCACUGGCCGGGUGGCCGGGCUACCCGGCCGGGCUGCUGCUGCUGGCCGACCACCUUGUCGGCCUGGCGCCGCUCGAUUGCUCGGCCACCGGGCCGGCCCCGUGUGUCUUCCUGCCGGCCUCCUUCGCCGAGCUGGCCCCCGGGCUUCGGGGGCUCGGCCGCCGGGGGGCGGUGCGCCGGCCCGUCGGCCCGAAUGGCCCGCCGGGACUGGUCCUCUCUCUGUGGGCCAUGACCGAUGACCACGUGGCGCCCGUGCGCUUGGACAUUUUCUCCACCUGCCCGCCCGGGACCUUCGGCGUGGAGUGCCAGCCCUGCGACGCCAUUUGCCAGGCAUGCCACGGCCCGGGGCCCGCCGACUGCACCGUCUGCCGGGCCUGGCUUGCCGGCCAGCCGGAGACCUGUCUGGCCGAAUGCCCUCCCGGGCAGUACCCCGAUCUGCUCACCGGCCAAUGUGGCUGCCAUGCCGAGUGCAAGCAGUGCCAGGCCCAGGCGUCUGGCGAAUACCAGUGUGUUGCCUGCCACCCGGGGCAGGCCCUCGCCCCGGGGGACAGCCGCCCCGACCGAUGCCAUGCCUGCCACGACACAUGCGCCGAGUGUGCGGUCCCCGGCGACCCGGCCACCUGCACCGCCUGCGGCCCGGCGCGCUUCCUGCAUGCCGGCAUCUGCCAUACGGAAUGCCCUUCGGGCCUCUGGGCCGACGCCCGAGCCGGCCAGUGCAUCCCCUGCCCGGGUGGCUGCGCGUCCUGCUCCUCGGCCGACAUGUGCUCCGCCUGCCAGCCGGGCCACUUCCUGCCCCCCGGCUCGGGCACAUGCCUGCCCUGCGACGGCUCGUGCGGCACCUGUGCCGAGGCCGGCGCCUGCGCCACCUGCCGGCCGGGGCUGGUGUUCCUGCAGCCCGACCCGCAGGUGGCCUCCCUGUGCGCGAGCACCUGCCCCCCGGGCGAGUAUGUCGGGCCCAACCGAUGCACCGAGUGCCAAACCUCCUCGCCCUCCGGCGCCACGGGCCAGUGUGUCCCCUGUGAUCCGGGUUGCGCCUCGUGCACGGCCGACCGGUGCCUGGCCUGCGAGCCGGGGCUCUUCCUCGACUCACACGGUGACUGCGUGAGCACCUGCCCGGAUGGGACCUUCGCCGACGCCGAGUCGUGCCAGCCGUGCGACCUGAGUUGCGCCACCUGCGUCGGGGGCGGCGCCGACCAGUGCGCCAGCUGCGCGGCCGGGCUGGACUUCGUGCCGGCCAGCGCCUCGGCCGGCACAUGCGUGUCGGGCUGCCCGGAGGGCCAGCACCGGGACCGUGUCUCCGGCGACUGCUUGCCAUGCGACGCGGCGUGCGCCACGUGCAACGGCCCCUCGGACAAGGACUGCUGGCGCUGCGCCAGCGGCGUGCUGCAGGACGGCGACUGCGUGCAGCACUGCGCCGCGAAGCAUGUGGCCCUGGCCGGGCGGUGCCUGCCCUGCCAUGUGUCCUGCGACCAGUGCGUGGGUGUUCGGCUGACCGAGUGCCAAGCUUGCCCGGGGGAUCUGCUGGCCCUGCCGGCCGGCGAGUCGCCGAUGCGCUGCGUGCCGGCCUGCCCGGUGGGCUACAAUGCCUCGGGCGCCGGGUGCGCCAAGUGCGGCGACCACUGUGCCAGCUGCCCCGGCCAGCCGGACGCCUGCGCCCUGUGCGACCGGGGCUGGCUGCUGGACGCCCCGCUGUGCGUGGCCUCCUGCCCGGACGGGUCUUCGCCCCAGGGCGGCUUGUGCGCCACCUGCCAUGGGACCUGCGCCACCUGCUACGGUCCGGGCUCCCAGCAUUGUCUCAGCUGUCGGCCGCGCUGGCCCCUGCAAGUGGACGGGGCCUGCUUUGCCGUGUGCCCCCGGGGGACAUUCCAGACCGGCCAGACUUGCCUCCCCUGCAACGCCACCUGCACCGCCUGCAAAGGCCCCGCCGCCGACCAAUGCGAGAGCUGCCCGGCCGACCGGUUCCAUCUGAACGGGACCUGCAUGCUGGAGUGUCCGGGCGGGUUCUUUGCCGACGAGGGCGCCUGCCGCCCCUGCCAGGCCACCUGCCUGACCCGGAACCUCAGCACCGACCGGUCGUCGGUCCUCGUCAACACCCUGCCCGAGCUGAAUGCCAUGACCGUGCGGUACGCGGCGCCGGAGGUGAUCGGCGCCUUCCAGCGGGGCAUUUCGCUGGACCGGGCGGCCCUGCUGCCGGCGGACAUCUUCAGCGCGGCGGUCAUGCUCUGGGAGUGCCUCGCACGCGACAGGCCCUGGACAGACUUGGACUUCGGCGACAUCCGGGCCUCCGUGCUGGCCGGCCAUCGGCCCAGCAUGGAGGUCCUGGUGCUGCCCGGCCGGUGUUUCGCCAACGCGCCGGACCUGUUGGAGGCUGCUUGGCAGGCGGACUUCGAGCGCCGGCCCACCGCCGGGCUUUUCCGCCAGCGGUGCGCCGCAUUCUACUUGGCGGCUGGCGGGCUGGCCCGGCCAGUGCCCUAGAUGCAUCGGGCCUGUCCCCUCUCGGGCGAUGCGCGCCGGACGGCACGGCUGCACAUGCGGCCGCGCCGGCGACCGGGGCACCCAGGGGCGGCCUGCUCGGGGGAGAAGAGCGCGCCCCGGCCAGAGGCAGGCAUGCGGGCGGGAAAUCCCCGCAUCACGCACAGGCAGGCAAGCAAGCAGGGCUCGCCCUGUCGGAUCCCCACCCCCCGUUUCGGACGCUCCAAUACCAAGCCAUCCGCCACUACACACACACACACACACACAC